AUGUACGAUAUAAAACACAUAUCGUUUAUCAGUGACCAAACAGUUGGUUCUGUAUUAAAUGAAAAACAAAAUAUUCAGUCGUUGAUCGAGAUAUCUGUUAAUGCUACAGUGGAAGAAGCGUUCGACUUGUUGCUUGCCGAAAACAUUCUUAGCGUCCCCGUAUAUCGACGCUGGAGGGGACGUCGAGAGCCAAUAGCUAUUGUUAAUGUAUUCGACUUGGUUACAUUUGUCGCUUUACAACCAAUAUUCGAUCAAGAUGACAAUAUGCCCGUUUCAUCGUCUGACGCUGAUCUUGAAAGCCAAUCCGAAUUCCUCCAAAGGUCAAUUGGAGAACUGAUCGGUCUUACUCCAGAAUCAACUAAUUUGACGACUGUAUCUCCGGACGACUCAUUAGUCAAACUCAUCAAUAUAUUCACUCGCAAACAGAUACAUCGGUUGCUUGUUUUCGACAGGCAAUCAUUAAUCGACGAUGAUGGUAACGAAUCGCUCAACGAAGAAGAACACAAAAAGCCUUGUUUUAUAUCACAAACAGAUGCUGUUAAAUUUCUAUUCAAACACAAUCAUGAAUUGGGUAAAGUUCUUGAUACCCCAGCGUCAGAAGUUGCCAAUAAAGCCUGUAAGCUGAUACCCGAGAGACAACGGUUGCUCUGCAAACCGUCAUCCGUUACCAUACACGAUCAAGCUCUAACGGCGUUCCGGAGAAUACACCAAGAUAGAGUGAACGCAGUGGCGGUUGUAAAUGAUGAUGGUUCAUUGGUCGGGGAAGUAUCGGCGGCUGAUCUCCGUGGAUUGAAUAGGGAACGAGUUAAAGAAUUGAAAAAACCUGUUAUUGCGUUCCUAAAGUCCUGCAAAGGAGCAUUAAUCGAGCCUCUCACUUGUAGCGCAAAAUUCACAUUGAGUCAGGUGAUGGCUGGUAUUAUCAGGAACAAGACGCACAGGGCAUGGCUUGUGGAUGAUGAUGAUGUUCCCAUUGGUGUUAUCACGUUGAGUGAUAUCUUGUGCAUGUUUUUGCCUAACGGUGAAGAUGCGAAUGGGCACUUGGUCGACGAGUAG